UUGUCAACUCUGGACCUGUCACUUUAUCAAAACAACAUAAAGAGUAAAGACGUUUCUGUCUUCUUGAUAAAAAUUAUAAAAUAAAACAAGGAAGUUAAUAAUUGUACGAAUUUUGAUUCGAUCUGCUCAGUUACUUGCUCAAUCAAAUAAAAAUUACAAGUUCCAGAAGAGGAAAUAUUGUUUUAUUAUUUAAUAUAUUACAAAAAAUUUAUUGUUUACAUUUUGUGAAAAGAAAAAAUUAUUAUUCCUCAGAAGAAAAAUAAUUAUGUUCUUGAGUUAGUGAGUUGCUGUAAAAAUAAUUAGAGAGAGCACACACAAAUAAGAAUUAUGUCGUUGGAUAUAUGUUCAUCUUUAAUUAACUGCUGUCGUUUGGGUGAUGAAGAAGACGUUAAACAUAUUAUUACUCACUAUAAAUUUUCCGAUUAUCCAGAAUUAUUAGAGGGAUAUGUAUUAAUUUGCGAAGCUUUAAAUAAUGACAAUAUGCAAGUUGUAAAAUUGCUUCUACAAAAUGGUGCAAAUGUAAAUGUUACUCGAAAUUCAACUGAGAAUAGUCCUCUUCAUCUAGCAAUUAUAAAAAAUAAUAUAGAAAUACUUCAACUUUUAUUGGAAAAAAAUGUUCGUCUUAAUGUUGUAAAUAAAGAAAAGAAAACUCCUCUACACAUUGCAAUUGAUCAACAAAAUGAAGAAUUUGUCAAAUUAUUAUUAGAUAAAGGUGCCGACACUGAAUUUAAAGAUAAAUUUAAUUACACACCUCUUCAUAUGGCAAUAAAAAAUGGAAAUUUAAAAAUUAUUCAACAUUUAAUUAAUCAUAAAGCGGAUAUAAAUUCAUUUCGUGAAAACGAGACAGCAUUACAUUUUGCUGUUAAGAAUAAUCGUAGUGAUAUUGUAAAAUUACUAUUAAAAAAUGAUGUAAUUAAAAUAAAUUCAACUUCGUAUUAUUCACUUCUCUUCCUUGCCGUUUCGCAAUGUAAUCAUAAAAUACUACUUCUUCUUUUGGAACAUCAAAAUGAAAAUGAAAAUGAAAUGAAUGUCGAUGAAAAGAUAAAUUCAGAGAGUAAUUUUAAAGUCUUAUUACAUAGGGCUGUAGUUGAUGGUAAUAGGGAAAUAAUUGCAGUGCUUGUAAAGUAUAAUUUUGACAUAAAUUCAAAAGAUGAAUUUGGACGAACACCAAUGUAUCACGCGUAUACUCACAAUAAAUUGGAUAUUUGCAAAUAUUUAUUAAAAAGUGGUUCAUCUAUUAAUGAAAAAAUUGAUGAAAAUUUAAAUAUUCUUCAUGUGAGUGUUGAAAAUAAUGAUGAAAAAUUUGUGAAAUUUCUAUUAAAAAAUGGAGCCGAUGUUAAUGCAAUUACAAUCAAUGGUUGUACAUCACUUCAUAUAGCUUGUAGAAAUGGUUUUAAAAAAAUUGUCAAAUUAUUACUAAAAUAUAAAAGCGACACUUCAAUUAUUGAUAAUAAUGGUUUAACUUGUCUUCACGAGGCUGCAAAACAAGAUGAUGAAAAAAUUCUCAGACAUUUAAUUCACGAAGGCGCGAAUGUCAAUGCAAUCGAUUAUAAUUAUAAAACACCAAUUUGUUACGCUGUCGAAAAUCAAAAUACAAACAUAGUUCUAUUUCUAUUGGACAAAAAUCCAAAUGUAUGUAAUUAUAAUAAUAAAUUAGCUUUUUGUCUUGCUGUACUUGGUAAUUCGGUAGAACAUCGUAAUAUUGUUGAAUUAUUUUUAAUACGCCGCUUUAAAAUAGUAUCGGAAAAUUUUGACAAAAUCCACAUACCAGAACCACUGUACACACAAUUUUCCAAAGAAUAUAGAAAAGCAAAAUACAAAACAAUGUUUGAUGAACUCUUGAAACAUAAAAAACCAUCAAUUAAAGGUUUUUUCGAAUAUCGAAUUUUAUGUUGUUCGAUUGAAAAGGGAUUUACUUUAAUAAUUCCUUAUUUACUAAAACCGAAUGCUAACGUAAAUGUAUUUUUGGAACAAAGUUUUACAUUAUUAGAAAUUGCAAUAAAUAAUUGUCAAUAUAAAAUGAUGAGGGAACUUUUGAAAUUCGGGGCAGAUUUAAAUACAAAAGACAUUCAUGGCAAUACAUUGUUACACAUUAGUGUUCUUAACGAUUGUAUGGAUACUAUUGAAUUUCUAUUAAAAUCGCAAAUUAAUAUUGAAGCUCGAAAUAAAAAUGGCGAGACGGCACUUCAUCUUGCUUCACAUCGAAAAGCAAAUAUUGUCCAAUUAAUUUUAGACGCUGGCGCUGAUAUCAAUUCAAAAACUAGAACAAUGGAGAGCACUGCUCUUCAUAUUGCCGUAAAAAAUGGUAAGGAAAAUUUGGUUAAACUCCUCUUGGAAUAUGAUGCUAUUGUAAAUUUGAAAAACAUUGUUAACGCAACACCACUUGAUUUUGCGAUAAAUUGUAAAAACUAUGAAAUUAUUCAUGUUUUAUUACAAUAUGGUGGGACAUACAAUACGAAUUCUUGUUUCACAAGUGAAAUUUCCGAAAUACUAAUGCAACAUUCAAUUAAAAUGAAAUUACUUGCUGUCGAUGAAUUUCAAUCAGAUAAUAGUGAAUAUGUUCACAAGUGUAUUGAAGAAAUUAAUAGAAUGAGACAUUGUCAAUUGGAGGCAAAAAUUUCAUUAUAUGAUUUAUUAAUUAAAAAUGUCGCUCAAGUCGAAUUGUACAUGCGUAAUGAACAAAUUUUACUGUUUGAUUUCAGUGAUUUUAAAGAUUUAUAUCCAAUUUAUUUUGAUAUUUUAAAUGUUCAAAUCAAUAAAGCAAAGAGAAGGAAUAUGUUAAUAAAAUUAGCGAGUAACUCUUUGGAAAAUAUAUUGGAUAUAAAAAUACCAUACUUGGUUGUUGAAAAUAUCUUUUUCUAUAUUAGCAAUUUAGAUUUGAGAAAUUUAAUUUAUGCAUCGAAUAAUUGUAAUUAAAAAAAUAUAGUUUCCCUUGAAAUUGUAUACGCGUUUUGUAUUUUUCUAAAACUGAAGAAAUAAAGUCAUUUAAAUUUCUUGUUUUUUCGAAUGUAAUUAAAUUUUUCAACAAAUGUAAUGAAUUCAAUGAUUGAAUUAAAAAUUAAUUAAAAUUUCUUCUUUACUA